AUGCAUGUUAUCAGCUUCACUCUUGCUACUCUAGUGGCCAGUGCCUCUAUGGUCAUGGCUGCCCCAGCCGAGCCCAGUGGAGCCGCUGCUAAAUGGAUCUGCCCAAAUGGAUGGGAAUUCUGUGGCUGUGUCGGACCUGGUGGCGGCGAUGGGCAAAUCUGCGGUAGCAAUGGUUUCGAUGCCCAGAUCUGCCCGGUGAAGAAAUAA